GAGAGAAAGAGAGCAUAUACCCUACAUGUGGGAAUGGUUUGGGGACAAAGCAAAGAAAGCAUAUAGUGCAUGCAAACAAUUCACAUGGGAGCAUAACAUGAUCUUCACAAGAAGACCUCACUUUUUCCUCUCUUUCACAGCUCAUACCCCAAAUCCCACGAGUCCACACAAUCCUAACUAUAUCUUAAAUUACUGUAUAGUUAGCUUUUUAAUGAAAAAUGAUUAAUGAAAAACAUUGCACCCCAUGAAUAACUACUACACCCCCUUAUUAUAAAUAGUAUCUAAUUAUCUUAUGCACAUGGCUUUUGUUCUCCUCUAAGUUAAAGAUCACAAACCCAUAUGAUUUCAUCAAUCACUAACCCCCUUAAGUGGGGUUCUCUCUCCUUUUGUCUUAGAGACAAUGAAUUAUUCAAUAAAAUUUUAUCAAUAACAUGGACACGAUUCAUCCGAAUCAAAUCAAUUACCUAAUUCUGUUUUCAUAUCUUAAUUUUGGACACUAGAUAUGCAUCUCAUUUUGCUUUUUUUCUAAAAAUAAAACACUCUAAUUUGAGAUCUUUAACCUACUUCAAAUGGAAUUUGGUUUCCUUGCAUUCAAAGAUUUCUCACAUUCACGUACUCAGGACGGACAUCGAUGACCGUUCAAAUUUCAAUACUAAUUUUGAUCUUUUAAAAAAUAAAUAAUCAAACUUUAAAUAUGUAUUGUCUGAUUAUGAUUUAACGACUACCGAUAUAGUAAUUACGUAAAUGUGUGGAUCUCGACCGCAAGGAAUUCAAAUUCCUUCCAAUGUACCUAAUUGGUUAGCUAGAGUUUGACUGUUUUUCUUUAACCAAUGAUUGAACUUAUUAAUAUUGCAAUUUAUAAACACACAAUAUAAUUUUGAAAGGGCUAAAAUUAGUAAGUUAUGAUAAGCAUAUAUAACAAAAAUUGUAAUAAGAAAAGAUUAUUAUAAGGGCAUGUCACUAAAGAGAAGGCCACAAGGGCACGUGGUGGCUGAUUCCCACUAGCUAUUAAAUCCACUGGCGACUUUCCAGUAACACCGUUGAGUCCCUCUUCCCAGCUGUUCAUAGCUGUCCAUUCCCUCUCCAUCCCCAUGUGACCCUUACUGUACACAAGAUACCCUUCAAAAAAUAAAUCUUUUUUUUUUUUUUUAGGAUUUUAUAUCUUUAAACAAAAUAUAACAAUAUUUAAAAAUUCAAAACACAUUUCACAUCACAAAAAAGAAAAAAAAAAUCAUGAUUAUAUUGUUUAAUUAACUUUAGCUUUCUUCCCUCUAACAUUCCCUUAUGGUUUCUGGGGAUAUACAUAUUUAUUAAAGGGUUGUGUUAGAGGCUCAUCACUUUCAUUUUUCUUCUCUCUCUCUCUCAUUCAUAUAUUGUAUAUUAAUAUUUUCAUGCAAAUGAAAUGUUCAUAUAUUUAGAUAUAUAGCAUUUGUUGUUAUACAAUACUACAUCAUUAUCAAUAUCAACAAAACAAAAACAUAUUUUGAGGUUUGCAAAAUUCUUGUUUGUUAAUUUUGUCUCUCAAAUGGCACAAUUACCUCCUAAGAUUCCAAAUAUGUCACCUAGUUGGCCAGAUUUUUCCAUUCACCAACAAAAUAUUAUGCCAAACAUGUCACAACCUAAUAACAUUGUCACAACCACAAACAAUAAUCAUCAUCAUAGUCAAAAUCCUUCAUGGGUGGACGAAUUUCUCGACUUCUCGUCCGCAAGGCGAGGCGCUCACCGAAGGUCGGUGAGCGAUUCUGUUACCUUCUAUGAAACGCCAAUGCUCGAUGAUUGUCCUAGUAAACAACAUACCAACAAUGAUAAUGAGUUUGACAAGUUUGAUGAUGAACAAUUUUUGUCGAUGUUCAACGAUGAAAUAGCCGGUGUUCAUAAUAUGCCGCCGACAUUGUCCUCGUCGAAUCCUUCGAGUCCUUCGGAUCAGAAUUUUUUCAAUGAUGAGAAUGAGACAAAUAAACAAGAGAAGAAGGUGAUGAAGAAAGAGGAAGGUUAUGAGAAGCAAUUGAAAAAUGAACCGGAUGAGGUUGAAAGCCAAUGCAAUCAAGAAAAUUCACACCCUCAAAAUAACAACAAUUCUACUUCUUCUAAUGAUAGAAUUACUGAUCCAAAGAGAGUCAAAAGAAUCUUGGCAAAUAGGCAAUCAGCACAAAGGUCACGUGUGAGGAAGCUGCAAUACAUAUCAGAGCUUGAGAGAAGUGUAACUUCAUUGCAGGCUGAAGUUUCAGUGCUAUCUCCAAGAGUUGCAUUUUUGGAUCAUCAACGCUUGCUUCUUAAUGUUGAUAACAGUGCUCUCAAGCAAAGAAUUGCAGCUCUAGCUCAAGACAAAAUUUUCAAAGAUGCUCAUCAAGAGGCACUGAAGAGGGAAAUAGAGAGAUUAAGACAAGUAUAUCACAAUCAGAAUCUCAAGAAGAUUGAAAAUGUUAAUGGAUCACCCUUACCAUCUCCAUCACAAAAGCCAAUGUGUGAUGCUCAAACAGAAAAUGAACAACUUCUCAAUGGAAAUACAUGUGCUGCAGUGGCAUCAAAAGAUAGGGUGGAAGAAACUGUUGUGUCUGCUUUAAUUUGAUAUAUUUAUAUAGAAAAAAUGGAAUGGAGGUAUAAUCAUAAUAAUAAUGUUUGUUGAUGAUUCUUUCACUUAUUUAUUUGGUGUCUUUGAUUAUUUUUUAUUACUUGUUUUGUGGUUUUUUUUCAAUCAUUCAUUGGAAAAACAAAGACUAGUGGGCUUGUGGAGUGAUGGAUUAUGGAUGAAAUGAAAGAAAGUGUGUUAGUCAUGAAGUCAUAUUGAAUUUAAUAGGUUGUUUGGUUGUAUUUUUAUGAUUAAUAUGUAAUCAUUUUAUUUGAUAUAUAAAUUAAAAAAUCCAAAUUGUAAA